UCUUCCUAGUUUGGAAGAGUGAUGCCAGCACCAUGGAGAAGUUGUAUGUGUCUCCCAUGCUGGAGGGACGUAAAGGCAACUCCACGUCACUGUGCUUCCACUUAACACGUACAGUGGCCCUCAAGGGUGACAUCAAAGUGGAGGUCUACAACAAGCCCAAAAUGAUGAAGAAGGAAAAGAUGUUCCAGUUCUGGUUCAAUACCUUCUUUGUACCCCCAAGCUGCAAUAGUAGCACUGGUGGCAGCAAUGUAGGGCGAGGUGACACACACUCACACCCCAAUGGUGUCGCAGGGGGAGGAGCAGCAGUGCCCGUAGAACUCAGGGUUCACAAUGGGGGAGAAGAGGAGAUGAGGAUGUUAGUUCUCUGCAAGGACGACCUUGACAAGGCAUACAAGGACAAGACUCAUAGCAAAUUCAGUAAAGACUUCAAGGUGUGCACUUCCUGCAUUAUUUUGGGCUAGUGAGAGUGUAUAAUUUGAUGAUACGAAGCAAGUAGGGCUAUACUAAUGGUUACGAAAAAGUAAAUCGUUGUACAGUUAUCAAUCUUUAUUUACAGGGAUACUGAACAAAAUUUUCGCUGCUGAGA